GCUUGGCCGAUCGGUAGCCGGCCGCGAUGGACGAGGAGGCGCUGACACCCAGCCCAGAGGCCCUCGAAAAGGGCAGAUCUGGCGAGCCCUACGAGAUGCCCGCCCAGGACCGUGCGCUCAUGCUCGUCCUGGCCAUUGCAGCGCUCGUGAUGCCAGUCUUUGGCGUUCUCAGUGUCACGCAGACAGACUGCGACGCCAUCAUGCGCUCGUUCUCCGCGUUCAUGAUCACCUUUGGCCUCGUCCAAGUCGUAAAGUCGUUCCUGGCUUUCGUGUUCAAGGUGCCCUUUGAGCCAAGCAAGCAGCAAAAGAACUUGCCGACGAAAUGCGUGAGCGCGCUCGGCCUGCUCUCCAUCGCUAUGGCCGUCUGGGGCGUGGCUAUCACUGCGCCCAGAGUGGGAGAGCUGCCCAGUGACGAGUGCUCCGCAAUGUACUUCUACACCGCGUUCAUCACAGCAGCAGCGAAUCUCGCCAUUCCUCUCGCUAUAGCCAUCGGCUUCUGUGUUGCGAUGGCCCUGCGCAAGACCUGAGUCGGUGUGCGUGUGCCGUUCCGACUCAGCGCCCGGUGCACUAGAUGUGGUAGUUCUAGCUAGUUUAUAGAUCGUUUGAGGCGAGGGGGAGACU